AUGGUCAUUUUGGUGAUGAACCAGACAACGAAAUUCAAGCCUGCUAUAACUGCUCCGAUACAUGAGCUCGUGACGCCGAACAGCUCUCCAGAUCACGGCAUCCUUAAUUUUGGAGAGUCCGAAGAUGGCGAUGGCGAACAAGUCAUUAUGUCUGGAACGGGCUCGGGACACACGACGGAGUUAUUUGGACGAAUCAGCAUGGAAGAUGACCAGGCAAAUAAUGUGGGGAGUGCUCAUUGGGCAGCAAUCCUUGAUAAUGUAGGUCUGAUGUCUGCCCAAGGUUCUCCCUUCAAAGAGGCCACACAGCGAAUCCACGACGAUUGGGUACUCAAAUUCAAAACAUAG